GAUCAAACUAAGGGCUAUGGCCGGCGCUCGCCCCUUGACCAUCAGCUGACCACGAAUAGGUUCCGAUAACGCAGUGGCCAUGCAGUAACCGAGAAUCUUGUGUAGCAAAGCGGAGCUAGUGGGAGCUAUAUUAUUGCCUAUAUAUGCAUGUGCUCCAACCUUCUCGUCGAAUCGUUAUAAAAUGACUGAUCAUCGAAGCCAAGUAGGGACGAUGCAACAUUCAAGAGUGGCGGUGAUUGGGGCUGGUGUCGUUGGCCUUUCAACAGCCUUGUGCAUCCAGAACAACAUCCCAGGCACUCCUGUUACAGUCAUUGCUGAUCGUUUCAUUCAAGACACACUGAGCUUUGGUGCUGCUGGCUUCUUCCGCCCAGAUGAAAAUAUAGGACCUACACUCGGCAUUACAAGAGAGUGGUUCAGAGCAACAUUCAGACAUUACGAGAUUCUUUUGCAUGGCAAUGAAGCUGAAACAGCUGGAAUCAAGAGGCUUUCUGGUUAUGCCCUCAGUUCAAGCAACCAAGAGAAACUUGUGAAUGGAACAAUGAAAGAGCUCUGUGUUGGGCUCAGACCAGUUGAUGAGCAAGAACUCAGGAACUUUCCACCGAAAUACAAGUAUGGAAUAUUCUACAACAGCAUUCUAGCAGACCCUAGAAAGUACUUGAAAUGGCUUACUGACAAGAUAUUAUGCAAUGGUGGGCACAUAAAGAACCAAAGUGUCAAGGACCUGCAAGACCUUAGGGAUUUUAGUGUUGUGGUCAACUGCAGUGGUCUCAGAGCCAAGGAACUUGCAGAGGAUCCACUGCUGACUCCUGUCAGAGGACAGGUUAUUAAGGUAUUUGCUCCCUGGGUGACUCAGUUUUAUUAUGCUGAUGGCUGCUACAUCCUUCCAGGGACUGAGUAUGUCACACUGGGGGGCACAAAGCAGCUUGGUGAUUGGAAUAUGGCUGUCUCUCAGCAUGAUAGGGACUACAUAUGGAGCACAUGUACUGCGGUACUUCCAAGCCUCAAGGAUGCUAAAGUGAUUGAAGACUGGGUAGGACUGCGCCCUUUUCGUCAGCCAAUCAGAAUUGAGGCAGAAGUUCUUGGGAGUGGCAGCAACCAGUGCAAGGUGGUUCACAACUAUGGCCAUGGAGCACAUGGAAUAAAUACAUCCUGGGGUACAGCACUCCAUGCAACACGCCUUGUUAGUGACAUGCUGCAACACAAAAUGACUAGCGCUCUUGCAAAGUUGUAGAUGUGACAACUGUUACUCUCUUUAGGUGACAAGCUACACUCGAAUCACAUGAAGCCUGCAUAGCAAGGUGAUUGAAAUAAAAGCAGACGUUGAAGAAAAAAAAA